CAAACGAAAAAAAGAUGGACAGUUGUUUUUUAGAAAAAAAAUCCCAUUUGGUCCCCCCACCCCCAUAUAUAGACCUCGAUACAUUCCACGGUUGAUUGGUUGCCUGGUGAAGUUGGUUCUCCACUCUGCAUUGUCUUUCACCAUCACUCCCAGAAUUCUAAUCCAUCUUGUGUUGUUUUCCUGCGGACUGCAUGUGUAGUGCCAAACUGCAUCACAUCCUCACGGCAAACAUUCCCUGACUAAAAGAAGGAAGAUGCAUAGAGGCUGCUCGUCAAAACCUGAAAUUUAAGUGAAACUUUCUGUCACCAGGAUCGAGUGAUUUGUUAUUGUUUGCUCUGACACAGAUGUGAGGCAGUAUUGCCAGACACAUCAAAAGUUUGGAAUACAAAUGACUCAGGAAAAGUUUGUAGAAAAAUGCCAUACAAGAUACUGUACCAUUACCCCCAAAAGUCUGAUUUUGUUGUUUGAAAAGUGUUAAAAACCUUAUUUUUAUAAAGCUGAAACAAACUUCAGCUGCAUGUACAUGUACAACCACGAAAUUGAUUGAACAUGAGCAUGCAAGGUCAAAGGUCAAGGAGUGUGGGUCCUUCCUAGUGCAAGCGGCAAGAAAUCGAUGAUGAUGCAGAUUCUUAAAAUUGCACCUCUUGCAAAUUCUUUUUAAGGGAACAAGUGCAUGCCCUGUCAUGUUGUUCAUCUUUGAGGUGGCAGAAGAUGUUUUUGUGAAUCCAGAAGGAAUUAGUUUGUAGUGGACGAUGCUCGUAAUUAGAAAGUGAAAAUUUACUGUACAUAAGUAAACUGAAAAUUCACUUCCAAUUAAUGAAACAAGAAAGAAUCCAUAUUUUGAGUGCAACUUUUGGACUCAUCUAUAAUUCACUGUAAUUACUUUUGGAGUUUUUGCUGUUGAAGAUAUUUAUUUCAGUCUAACUUGGAUCUUCGAUUUAAAUGUACAUGUACCAACCCGCGGUUUUGUUCCACAAAAAAAGAUAGUUCAUCCUCAAUCCUCAGGCAUAGUGGUAGACGUGAAGUGACUCAAGUGAACAAAGGUUUCUUAAAAUUAUAAGCAAGUGUCCAUGUUGAGUUGCACCCUCUUUUUUCUGUACUUUUGUGAUGGAUGCGUAAUCAGGAAGUGUUCUUGUGACUCACUGUCGCGCCACCGAAUAAUUGCUUUACAUUUUGUUUAAGAAACAAGGUUACAAGGUGAUUUCAUAGUUUCAAAUAUGAGCUCAAAACAUCGGACAAAGGACUGUGUUAUGAAGAAAUUUACUUGGACGUUGUACAAGCCUUGAUGGAUUAUGAACUUGCGAAGCAAUGUUUUAUGGGAUUUACAUGCAAAUGGUGACUCCUUCAAUUGGGUGAAUUUCCUGAGCUUUUGUGGAAGCAGGUUAAGAGAGAACUACAUGUUUGUUGGAUUAAAAAAUCAAAAGUGAAUGAUGCGCAGUCGUUUGAUUGUUAGUCACUGAAGUUGAAGAAUGUUAUUGUAGAAACGAUGGUCUUAUUAGUCACAUGAGGAAAAACUAGACAUGUGUUGGCAUGCUUUGACUUCCGGGGCGAUAUAUUUAGACUUGUUUUGGUUUGAGCUUCCUAAUUUCGUUUUCACUUGACGGCGGGCCUGUUCUGUAAAACAAAAUACUUGAAAAGAAGGGAACAAAGUUUAACAUACAAGGGUACCUAAUAUUGAUUUUUUUUUUAGUAUUUAUGAGGCAGCAUUUGAGAAGAAAUUUUAACCAACUGCUUGCAAGAAGUAUAACAAGAAAUGGAAAAAACUUUCUGUGUAUGAAAGAAUAUAUAUGAAAAAUUCCAAUUGUCAUAAUUCACUAACUUUAUUUUUGGAAUUUCCCUCCGACCUCAUUCAGUAAUAUUAAGUCCAGGAUGCUGGAGUUGUUAAGGAGAAACCUUUAUCGUUUUCCUUUUUAGGUAUUGGGGAUUGAAAAUGCGUAUUGUGACGCCAAUUACUACGGUUCACAUUUGUGCGGGUAGGUCCCGUGCCCAUAGUUAGUUGUUUCGCCCAAUGUUCAUUCCUUUCAGCCAAAGAAAUGGAAGUUUUGCUUUAAACCUCGUUUGUGUUCCACUGUUGUACUCAGUAAGUUUAACCGUUCUUUCAACAAUAACAAAAAUACCAGAAAUCGUGGCCCACUCGCAGCAAUUCUUAUGCUAACUGCUCCCGCCGUAGCCAGUGUUUGCAGGUCAUUUGCAUUUGCGUCAUCGCCGUGCGACCGUCCCGUACACUUCCAGAAGGUUCCUUCCACAAUCACGUGGAGAGUACGCGUGCGCUCGUGAAGUCAUUACGUCAUGUCUAAAUAUAGACUCAACGACCUGACUCGACACUCCUGUUCUAGUCUUUGUGUGGUCUAUGUGUAUCUGUGUGAACAACGGAGCAACUGAGGACAAGGAAAAUACGCAAAUGUACAGCCUGAAGACUGAAGAAAACUAUCAGUAAAGAGCUUGAAGACUGUGGGCUCCAAAAAGAUUCGAUUCAUCGCAGGAGUGGAAUUGCAGCGUUAACAAAUUAGGGGGUUUUCGUCGUGUCGGGCGAAAUAUCCUGACCGGCGUUUUUAUCGCGUGACCUACUCUCUACUUCUUGUGGACUAUGAUGAAAUCACUCAACUGCUGAAUCAGGCGAGCUAACGCAAAGCCGUGUGCGUGAUUUCGGAGAUUGCUGGACUACGUACGAAUGUUUAGGUUUGGAAAUAAGUAACUUUGCCAUAUUGACGAGACAAAGAAGCAAAGCCGAUAAUACAGUUGUGGUCGAUUGUUUGGUUGAGAUGAGUUGAGAUUUUUCCUGGACUGGGCUUAGUCAUGUUAGUUGGGUCUUUGUGAGGAACUUGAUUUGUAAGCUCCUAUCCUGCAACGGUUGCUGAGUUAGUGUUUGUUUACAACUGCCUCAGUUCUCACCAUGCAUCGUAAGAAACCCUGGCGAGAUCCAUUUCUCACAUUGGCUGUUAUUUUGAGUCUCCUCCGGGUUGACUGGGAUGAUUAUAUGCAGAGACAACUGGGCUCACAAUUGCCAGAGAUCCACGAAAUACUGCUUGGACAAAGCGCUGCUCUGACUGAGACGCAGUUCCACAAUCUCUACAAUUCUUUAGACGGUAGCUAUGUGAAUUUCAAGAAUUUGGACUAUGAUCUCCACAGCCAGUCGGCUUUUAGAGAACUCAACUCGCUCUCCCACGGCCUCUACCCGGUCAGCCGGGAUUUUAGAGAAGUUUCCACAUGGCUGUUGGAUCGACUGGAACCCAAUAAUGUCAGAUCUUUACCCCUUGUCAACGUAGCAUCUGCUCCGAAUAACAACAACAACAAUGACGAAAACAACAAUAAUGGCGAGGCUUCGGAAGGAGAAGCCAACGGUCCAGCACAAAACACACUGGAUGGUGCUGUUGCUGUGACGCACAGCGGCCAAAACAUUGUUGAUCUGAGUCCAGAGGAUAUGGACCUCAUUGAGGCUUUGUGGAGACAAGACAUUGACAUGGGUAUUUGCCGGGAAGAGUCCUAUGCCUUCAAGGAAGAUCUACUGGUGGAGAAAGGAGAGCACGCAGACAAGCUGAAACCCCAGCAGCAGUCGUGGGACCACUUCGGCUACAACAUCGACGGAGAGACGGGAGAGUACGUGCCCAACCCGCCGGGGCUGGAGGUGGUACAGCCCCAGACACCCCAGCCAACCCUACCUCAGGUCCCAGUUCAGCCAGAUGGGAACAUCUCCCUGGAAGACUGCCUGCAGCUCCUUGAGGAUGAGUACCUACCUGCUGUGCCCCAGACUGAUGCUGAGCAGCAUCAGGCCCAGCAACAGCAGCAGCCUCUGAGCCCCCAGGAGCAAGAGCAGCGGUGGGAGGACCUGGCCUCCAUUCCCGAACUCACCCGCCAGCUCCACGAGCUCCCCGGCCUGCCUUACCAAGCCGCAGUGGACAUGAACAUAACACAACCGCACACCACCCAGGAUGCCUUUGCCAUCAACGCCACCACAAACGGCAACGUGAACCUGCAGAAUGCCACGCUGGCUGCCAACCGGAACGUGCUGCCUGUCGAGCUGCAGCGGCUGUACGAGUUCGUCCAGCCGCCAGAGGUCUUCUCCCCGUUGUCCAACUUUGCGAACCUCAGUCUGAGCUCGACGUCACCGACGGGGUCGAUCAAUGGCCAGCAGAACCUUAACUUCUCUAGCUUCCUCCUGCCAGACCAGACGUUCUCACCAACCCUGGAGACACCCAUGCCAAAUGCCACUGACAACCAGGACAACUCCUCUCUACUGAUGGAGCUACUGAACACAUCCAGCGUGGGUGAAGUGGAUCCCAUGGAUGUGGACUUUGACGAGCAGAUUCAAAAUGUCAUGCAGGCAUUCGGAGAGACCAAUUCCACUUCCUCGUUCGAGGGAUCAUGCUCUGGAUUUGAAGAUAUGAGUGACGGGAGUUCCCCGUACCACACCAGCGAUGAUGGCUUAGAGGGUGCUACAGGUUACAAUGCCAGCCUAGAUGGAAAUGGCCUGAACGGGACAUCCAGUGGCUAUGGCUACCACAGACAAAGAGGUGGUUCAAGUUGUGGGGGUGACAGUGACAGUGGAAGUUCUUUCAGCAGUUACAACAGCCAGUCCUCUAAGCCCGAAAAUGUCAAGCACAACCAUACCUACGCCUCAUCCUCGAGUUCUCCCACCAGCACCCGCAGCAGCAACAGCAGCAAGAGCAGCUCCACCAAGAAGGACAAGCAGAACGUGGUCAAGCUGUCGCGCGACGAGAAGCGAGCCCGCUCCCUCAAGGUGCCAGUGCCCAUCGACAAAAUCAUCAACCUGCCCGUGGACGCCUUCAAUGACAUGCUGAAGAAGUACGAGCUGAACGACGCCCAGCUGACGCUGAUCAGGGACAUCCGCCGCCGCGGCAAGAACAAGGUGGCGGCCCAGAACUGCCGCAAGCGAAAGAUCAAUGCCCUGGUGUCGGUGGAGGUCAACAUCGACAGCCUGAAGGUGGAAAAGGAACAGCUGCAGCUGGAGCGCGAACAGAUCGACAAGGAGACGUCCGACAUGCAGGCACGCUACGAGCAACUCUACAGUGAAGUCUUCCAGAGCAUGUGUGACGAGCACGGCGAUCCGGUAGACCCUAACGAAUUCACCCUGCAACAGAUGCCAGAUGGUAGCAUGUUCCUUGUCCCAAGGAACAGCACCGACCUGGACAAAGACAAGAACACAGAGAAAUAGACUCUGACUGGUGCACGGACAUGAAUGCACUUGCACACCUGAUCAGACAAAGCCUUAAAUGUCAAGAGAGAUGGCACAGUAUCAAGUAUCACUAAGCUUGAAUUGUAGCAUGUAUGUACGCUCCUCCUCUGUAGGUUCUUUUGAGUUACAUAAUUUGUCUUGUCGUUUUGUUUCAAUUGGUUGGUAGAGUUCUUGUCAAUUGGGAUGAAAUACAAAAUGCAAAAAUACUCCAUAUGGUGACUUUAAAGUUAUUCUUAACAGAUGAUUCGCAUUGACACUGUCAAGAUUUGAUUUAUGCAAGCAUGGCUUACUUUUUUUUUCAAUGAAAGGAAGUAUAUGCAGAAUCGGUCACCUUUCUAUUUUACCUUGCUCUUUUCAUGGUAGCGAUUGAAAUUAAAAUAUAUCUUGUACAGCGUUCAGAGAAAUAUACUGUAAAUAAUGUGCAUAUUUUGUAAAUAGCAGCAGUCUGUAAAUAUGUACAAAUAUUGAAGUAAGUUUGUUUGGUCCAGUUGUUCACACUACCUCUUAACGUACUGUUUUGAAUAUCACAAAGAAUGUUUUUUCCUGAGUUGUAAUGGCGAGGUCUGUAUGUGAAUUUUUCCCAUCCGUAUCGAGAAGUUUGGCACGUAACAUUCAGCAUCAGCAAUGCAGACUUGUCCUCUCUUGUCUAGGAUAAAAUCAUGCUAAGUUUUUGCAUGCCGUUGCAACCAAAUGGGCGUCAAUAAACUAUUGGUGUCAUGGUUUGAUAUUUAAUGGAUACUUUGCGGGGAAAAGAGAGAAAUUCAAAAUGGUAUGAAGCCUUAUUUAUUGUGAACAUUUAGUCCAAACAGUUUAUUAUCAAAGAAAGAUUUAUUGUAACAUACUUAGAGUACAUGCCAGUAGAUUUUAUGGCACUUGUCUUGCAGGCUCAUUUGCCAUUUCUUUGUUUACAACAAACAGCUGGAUAUUACAAACUGGUAGACAGCUGUAUUUUAUAUGAUUUGUAAUCUUUAUUGUUUGCAAUGUGUAAAUUCAACUCUGCAUUUCAUGCAAAAGGAUCAAAAUGAUUGUGUCUUUUCAGCUUAGCUGUGUGCGUAUUUGUGCUGGUAAAUAUUUUGUCUUUUCUGUUGGCAGUAAAUUUGAAAUGGAGUCUGCAAUUUUGCUGGUAGCUGUCUUUGUGCUGUUCUUCCAAAUAGUUCCAUGUAAAGAUUAUUGUUUCGACUUUUUGUGCAUGUACACAAAAACUUCCUUUUUUAUGUUGUGCUGUAAUAAGGACAAUCUAUUUCUGACUGACAAAUGCAUCGUUAUCUUAUAAACCACUUUAAAGAAGAAAAAAAAUUAUCGCUUCCCACACUAAGAUAUAAAACCUGAUUAAUAUGUGGGUUUUGUUUUGCUUCUUUGACAAGUUGAAUAAAAUUACCACGAAAUCUCAA